AUGCCACCACCACCACUCCCUGAUCUACCACCCCUCCUCCCCCUCCUCUCCCAAUCCCGCCUCUCCACCGCCGGCGCGCCGAUUUCAGAGAGCAACCCCGUCGUGGCCCUCAACCCAGCCAUUGACCUCGCCGCGACGGUUUCGGAUGGUGAUAAUAAAGAGAGCAGUACGGUCUACGUCUGGCGGGCGAACGAGCAGGUGGUGUUCAAGCACGCCGAGAGGAGCGGGGCUGGGGUAGAGACGGUUCGGUGGAAGGAGGACGGCAAGUUUCUUGCUGUUGGGUGGGGGGACGGGGUGGGAAGGGGGAAAAGGAUCAAGUUUUUGGGGUGGGGGAGGAAUGUUACUGGGAAUAGUAGGAGGAGGAAGAGGAGGAGGGUGGAAGUUGAGACUGGAGGGGGGAAGGUGGGGGUGAGUGAUUUGCCGCACGAGUUGACUUUUUUGGAGGUGGAGGGGGCGUUGCCGAAGUUGGGGCCUUUGCCGGUUGCUGGGGGGGGUGGUAGUGCUGGGGGGGGGGAUGAUAUGUUUUUGUUUUCGUCGACGACGUCGCUGGAGUGGGUGUUUAGGGGGUGUAAGGCGGAGGAGGCGGAUGAUGUGCAUGUUAUGGUUGUUGGGAUGGAGGAUGGGGGGGUGCAUUUGAGUAUUUGUGACUCGUUUGUUGUUGGGUUGUUCAGGCAUGAGCCGGUGGAGGGGGAGAGGGUGAUGCUUUGUGGGCAUGCUUCGCAUGAGGAGACGUCGACACAUGUGCUGUUGAUGAGGCCGAGGGAGGGGGAGGUGAGGAGGUUGCAUUUGGUGCCGAUGGAUUUGACGUUUGUGCAUUACUCGCCGGUGAACUUGUCGCUGUUGGCGAGCAAGAUGACCAUGUUGCAGAAUUUGCUGAGGUAUGUUAAGCAGACGCAGACGCACAUGACGAAUGAGUGGAAGUCGACGAGGGAACUGCCGCAGAGGUUUUUGAAUGGGGUGGAGGAUGAUUUGAAGAGGAUGGAGGGUGGGGGGUUGAGUAUUGUCCAGGCUUUGUGUCACACGGUAGCUACGGGGCAUGUUUUCAGGCCGGUGAAGGAGUGGUUGGUGGAUGUUGUGGCUGAGAGGGGCCACAAACGCUGGGACAAGGCAGUACUCUCGGGAUUGCUCAACCUCCGAGGUCUGGUUCAUGAGAACCUAAUACCAGCACUUGAACGCUGCGGUAUCAUUCUCAGUCGAAUGCUGGGUAUUGCCCGCUUCCACGACUCAGAGGAGGGUAUUGGCUUCAAUGCUACUCAGAUCACCAGACUGAUAGACAUUGUUUCCUGCCUGACUGUCGUUGCCCACAAGAUACUUCUCAACGUCAUGGAUGAGUUGGAAUAUUUCUCUGUUUUCUCAACAUGGCUACGGCUACAGAUAGACCAACAAGCCUCCUCGUCAUCUGCCACCGAAGAGCUCACCGAAAAGGAAGCGACUAUGGACCAUGCCAAGGUCCUGACUUACAUUCAAAGAUACCUAACCAGCAGUCCAUUGGCCAUGUAUUUUGACCAAAUCACCAAAGAAGACUAUGUCAAAGACCAGGAGUAUGCCGAGGACAACCCGUCCCUUCUACAGAUGCUUGUUAAGCAGCUGAAGAGGCAGGAGUUGGGGCAGCCUUAUAUGAGAGCGUUGCCCCAUGUGGACUUUCUUGUCAACUACUUGACCAGCAGAGCCAACAAGGUGUUUCAAAAUAUUGCCGAGGCUGAGAAACGAGGUGUCUUGUUUGGAAAAGAUGCUGUAUUGGACAUUGGGGAGGGGAUUUGGAAGCAUGAUGUUCGGUUGUGUAUCAAGCCAGAAGAUGAGGCGACAGGACAGACAGCUUAUACGGCGUUGGUAUCAGAGCAAGACAGAACCACACUCUUUUUAUUCAAGACCGUCAUACAGGGUACGAAAGGUGUCAGUGAGCUGGGUCCAACGAGAGCCUGUGGGCUUUCUGUGCCAGAGGGAAAGAGUAUUGUUGAUUUUGGUUUUCUCGAUGAGAACUCAUUGUUACUAUUAUACUGCACUGCAGGUGACAACCCUGGGUUUUCCCUCAUCAAAAUUAGCUAUCAGUCUGCCACAUUGUUGUAUCGACACUACGAGGCUGGUCAGCGCCCAUCAUUGAGGCCUCUUGACAUGGAUGACCAGACACUGUUUUGUACAAGAGGUUUCUCUCAUCUGUCCCACUUCACGCCUGUGCAGAUGAUGGUUCAAAAGUCAUGCAGCCUACGCGGCGAAAUACCAGGGCGGGUUUGCCUUGUGGGCAAGGACAGGGCCAUGUACAAGACCUAUGCGUUACCAAGGAGCUGGGAAGAUGUGGACACGAAUGGCCAGUGAGAGGAUGACGGGAAUGUCUUGGUUCUUGAUACUGCAUUCCGGAUCCGAACAAUCGGCUCCGAAUCUGCAGAUAGAGUGUUGGCCCUUUUACACGUAAAGCUUAAGAUUUGGUGUAUCUAUACGCGGAAGUAUCCUGAUUAGAUAGACGUAUGCCCAUAAUGUAGCAACAUCAUCAUCCU